AUGCCACUUCCCCCACGUGCUGCGGAGCCACUUCCUCCACGUGCUGCAGAUCCACCUCGCGAGGUUCAAGUCUCGAGUCUACCGCAGUUCGAUGGAACUGGUGACCCGCAGGAGCACCUUGAAAAGUUCUACGCCAUGGCAGAUCUAUAUGGCCCAACUGAUGCGGCAAUGUGCAAGAUGUUUCGCACAACGCUCUCCGAACGAGCAUUGAGCUGGUUCAACUCCUUGCCCACUGGGUCAAUUGAAGCUUUCUUCCAACUAACAGAUCGCUUCACCCACCAUUUCGCUAUCAACAAAGAGUACGCAAAGACUCCCUCGUACCUCUUCACUAUCACCCAGAGAGAGGGCGAGACCCUCCCCAACUACAUUCAACGAUUUGUAGAGGCAUCUCACAAAGUUCCUAACAUGGGAGGAAGCAUGCUCGUUGGAAUAAUUCAACAAAACUUGAAGAAAGGUAGAUUCAAGGAAUCUAUUGCAGGAAGACCUCCAACCACUCUAGAAGAGUUACUAAGUCGCGCUCAGAAACACGUGCGCAUCGAAGAGGCUUCGGCCCUCCCUCCUCCCAAGAGAAAAAGAGAUGAAGAUUACUUUAACACCCGGCGACAAGAUGGCCAACGACAAUCGUCAACAUCUCAUUGA